GAUGUUGGCUCGGCCGCCGAGAGAAAGGCGAACGGGAGAAGGUGGAGAGAAGCUGAAGAGGGACGCCACGGCACCGCGAGCACACCGGCGAAGCAACGGCUACGGCGUUUCUUUGCACAGGACGAUAACGUCAAGAGCACAGGACACUCCUGGGGAGCCCCCGCUAGCUGGAGAAGAGGAGGUGGAAGGAAGGGGAGGGGGCAGUUACUCUGAAACUACCGUCAGGAUUACAGAGAGCCACCGUCACAGCAGCUUUCACCCAGAAGUUGACCUACAGAAGACGUCAUGCUGAAGUCUUGAGCUGAGGGAGACUUCAUCCUCAACCUGUCACUCGUCUCUUGUUUGUUAUUCCACACCGGGUCCACUCUCCAUCAGUCACCGAGUACCAACACCAACAACCACCGCCUCCACCUUUUCCCCUACCCCCCCUUGCCCAGCCUGCCGUCACCAUGACGUCGGAGCUGGAGAGCAGCCUGACCUCCAUGGAUUGGCUUCCACAGCUGACCAUGCAGGCGGCCAUCCGCAAGGCGGACGCCCAGAAUGCCCACGGGCCAGGCAUGGGCAAGAAGAGUACCCUACUGGAUCCUAACACCACGUUGGACCAGGAGGAGGUGCAGCAGCACAAGGACGGCAAGCCGCCCUACAGCUACGCCAGCCUCAUCACGUUUGCCAUCAACAGCUCGCCAAAGAAGAAGAUGACACUGAGCGAGAUCUACCAGUGGAUCUGUGAUAACUUUCCCUACUACAGGGAGGCGGGCAGCGGCUGGAAGAACUCAAUAAGGCACAAUCUGUCAUUGAACAAGUGUUUUCUCAAAGUGCCUCGCUCCAAAGAUGACCCAGGAAAGGGCUCUUACUGGGCCAUUGACACCAACCCAAAGGAGGACGCCUUGCCCACGCGGCCAAAGAAGAGGCCGCGGUCUGGAGAACGGGCUUCCACGCCGUACAGCCUGGAGUCGGAGUCUUUGGGGAUGGAGUGUAUGAUCUCUGGAAGUGCCUCUCCAACACUGGCAAUCAACACUGUGACUAACAAGGUGGCGUUGUACAACACAGACCAGGAAGGGAGCGAUAGUCCAAGAAGCAGCCUUAACAACAGCCUGUCUGAUCAGAGUCUGGCCUCCGUCAAUCUCAACAGUGUGGGCAGUGUGCACAGCUAUACACCGGUGACCAGUCACCCAGAGUCCCAGCCUAUGAGCCUCCAGCAGCCCCCACAGUCCCAGUACAACAUGCCAGACAGGGACAAGCAGCUCCUGUUUUCUGAAUUUGAAGAUCUCAGUGCCUCCUUCCGCAGCCUUUACAAGUCUGUUUUUGAGCAGUCCUUCAGCCAACAAGGUCUGAUGGGCAUACCGUCAGAUUCCUCCCAGCAGACCCACACCUCCUGCUCCUAUCAGCACUCCCCCAGUGGCACCAUUAGCACUCAGAACAGCCUGUCAAACAACCAACCCAACAACCACCCCAACAGCCACUCUGCCAACAGUGGCCAGGUGCCCCUGUCCCAUCCGGCCCAAGCCCACCCUGGCCAUGGCUCGCCGCACGCACAGCACCUCCCGCAGCACGGCGGCCCCCACAAUCAACACAACCAACACAACCAACACAGCCAACACGCCCAGCACAGCCAACACAGUCAGCACCCACAGCACCCCCAGCACGCUGCGCACUCCCAGCACGGGCAGCACCCAUCGCAGCACCCGUCCCACGGCCAGCACCCACAGCAACACACGCCACACCCCUCCCAACACACGCAGCACAGCCAGCACCCUUCUCAACACGGACAGCAGCACCAGAGCCUCUCCCACCAGCCCCAUCCUACCCAGCAACAGAUGGCCUGCAACACAGGUUUACUGUCUGACUGGUACCCAAAUCUGGAUGCACUGAAAGAAAGCUGUCGUAUUGCUAGCAGCUAUAACUGGGCUGAUGUCGACCUUUCACCUUUCCAAGGAUUGAGGGAGAGUAUGAGACAAGCGGAGUUGAACAACUGGUCCCUGGAGCCCACCCAGAUCGCCGACCUCUGCUCGUCCAUCAAUCAGUUUUUUGCCCGCACCGGUGUAAUCCAGCCACAAGGGGCAGUGCAGCCUCCUGUUUGUCAUGGCUCCAUGCACCCCAACAAACCCAGCCAGCACCUCAACACAGGAAAUCUCUACAUGGACACCAGACAGAGUAUGUCCAUGAUGGGUCCUCCAGGAUAUCCCCACAUGCCCCCCAUGAGCAGCACAGGACCCACAAUGACAGGACACCAUGCACAGAUGAACCAGCAGCACAUGAUACCUACCAGAAACUUCCAGAUACAUCGCAUGCCAGCUGAUGACAUCCAGGAUGACUUUGAUUGGGACUCCAUUGUCUAAGCCCCUAGACCUCCUUUUGCAAAACAAAAGGGAGCGAGGAGAGGAGGUGGAAGCCAGAGGAAGCCAGGCUGAGCUGAAAGGCCGCAGGAGGAGGAGGAGGAAGCCACUGUGGGUGGGAUGCAGAAGAACAUUUGACAAGCUUUGGAGAAAGACAGACUUCAGAGUCCUGACAUUUUUACAAAAGCAAAACAUAACUAGAAAAUGUUACUUUGAAGACAAUCAUAUUUAGUCGGACAUGUUAAAGUGAUUGCUUAUGUGCUUGUCUAGAGACAAGUAGAACACAUUCACGUCUAAACCACAUGCUCCUCAGCUCCUCAGCCAGCCCUCUCCCCGUCCCUAGCCAGCAGCCUUCCAAAGUCUGAACCCCUCUCCCCCCCCGACCCCCUGCUCCGUAACUGUUAUGUGAUUUGAGCGACGUGUUCAGCUUGUAAUUCUUCUCGUGUUGACAUUGGCCUCAGCUGCCUCUUGGAUGAGUUUAUCUCUCUUUUUUUUUUAAAAAAAAAGAUUUUGUUUUAUUUCAUUUUUUUGUUUUUAAGAAACACAGGCCGUCUCUGUGAGUAAUGUGAUGGUGCUCGUUGGUCACUUUUGGGAGAAAGUGGGCCCCACUGUGGCUGAAUUGGUGGCAAAGUUAGGUUUACAAUAACUCUGAACAGGGUGUUAAAUGUUUAAGCAGGCUUGAUAUUAAACAAACCAAGAGAGAACGUGAGACAGAGAGAGAUCACAGAAAGUACCGUGAUCUGUUUUCAUAGCCAACCUGUGCGAUCAGGCUCACUGCAACAGACUAGUAAUGGGAGUACAGCAGCCUUUUUUUUUUUUUUUUCCUUAAUUUUUCUGUCUCAAGCACUUCAAAGAUGAGUGAGUAUGGUGAGUGUGAGAAGAAGGUGAAAGCAGGAAGGUCAGAAAUGUUUUGUCUUUUUUAAAUUUAUUAAACCCAAAGUAACCUGAGGUUUCAGGUCUCUGUGUGCAUCAUGUAGGUUAAUUGCUUUAACAAUCAGAAGCGUUAUCAGUACUAAACAAAUUCACAUCUUCAAGACAGUUUUAAUGGUGAGGUUCAUCAGUUUUAGGUGAGUCACCUAUUGAUCAUUAAACAAGCCACCAUCAUUCAGAGAUAAUGAAAUAAUUUUCAUUGAAGUCUGAUAUACUGGUGAGGCCAGUAUCACGGGAUUAUCACCGAUCUAUCUAUAUUAGCAUGUAUAUGUCAGCUAAUAAGAAACAAUAAAUAGCAGCCAAGAAAUGUCAAAGAUUUGUGAGAAGAUAGAAACAGUUUCUAUUACACAGUAAGCUGAUAUUCAGACUGUUCACUCAGCAUGCGUCAAGUCACAAUUUCAGAUUCCUUUUAUUGUCAUUUUUAUGAGGAAACAUAAAAACGAAAUACUGUUUCACGUCUAAAACCGGCAAAAGUAAAAGUUCUCAGUAAAUCUAAAAUGGAAGCUAUUAAAAGGGCCAAUAAAGUGGCAAUUUUAGUGAAACUUAAAGCUGGGGUAGGCAGUUUUCAGGAAAAGGGAAAAAAUACACAAUCCUCCUGCAGCUCUCCCUUCUUUGUCCUAAGCCCCACCCAUCUGACAAGCUCGGGCAUAUGCCUACGCGUCAUACGAAUAGAAGUCUUUCAUUUCAAUCAACCCAAUCGUGAUUGUGGUAUAGAAUCCGUUAUACAGCAGCAAUUCUAUGAGAAUUACUCUCUUGUUUUCUUUGCAAACUUAAAGCCCUUUAAGAAGACACACUGUGAUCAAGGCUUUCGCUCACAUGAGCCAUGAGCCUUUAGCUUUCGUUGGCAGAAGGCUAAACUAAAAACCGAAACGCUUCACCGAUUUACAUGUGUUUCAUUUAAUUCACCAUCAGACUCUCUUUUUCAGUUACCUGUAUGUAACUUCCUUUUUUGGGUUGCUUCGCAGUUGUUGCCUAGAGUAGCAACUUUGUCUGUGGGAUUCUCAACUACUAAAUCAGGCUUGCAUGCGUGCAUGCAUUUUUGUAACAUUCAAUCUGAAUGCCGUCUCUCUCUGAUAUGACCUGUGAUUGGCCAACGUCUUCUGUUAUGUGCUAUAUAGUCUAAAGCCUGAAAACAGAGCCAAGAGGAGGUGCAUUCUAAUGUUCUUUCAGACCACGUAAAUCACAAUAUGCUCAAAGUAUAUGGGAUUUUUGCCCAGUGAUGCCAAAAUAAAACUGCCUACCUCAGCUUUAAAUGUCAAAAAAAAAAAUAUUGGCCAAUAUAUCACCAUCUGAUCUUUUUAAACUUUCAAAUAUGAGUAUUUUUACUUCCCUUAACAAUCAAGAAUUUGAUAGGCUUUCGUUUGCAAGCAACUUUUUGUUUAAAUAUAUCAAAAUCAAAUCGGCAAGGUUUGGUUUUAUUAAAGGUAUAGUCGGACAUUUUGGGAGUUAGGUGAGAAGAUUGUGCUGUAUGGUAAAUAUGAAGCCACACUGUAAACAGUCUGUAGGUUCCAGAACUCAAAAACUAGCUCUUCUAAAGCUCACUGAUUAACACGUUAAAUUUUAUUCGUUUUAUCUGUACAAAAACUGAAGUGUAAAACCGACAAUUCGUGGUUUUGUGCUGGGCUAUUUCUUGGCUGGUUUCGGUGACUAACUGGAGAUAUAAUGUGUGAAUUACUGAGCUUUGUAGGAAAUAUGAGGCUGAUUUUGUUUCUGUUGGACAGAGGCAGUCUAGCUGUUUCCCCCUGUUUCCAGUCUUUGUGCUAAGCUAAGCUAACUGUCAGCUAAAGGUGGUUUCUUAUUUACCAUACAGACAUGAGUGGUAUUGACCUCUUCUAACCCGACGCAAGAAAGGAGGUAUAAGCGUAUUCCCAAACAUGCCAAACUAUUCCUUUAAACUGUUUCACUUUAAAUUGUAUGCAAACUAUGUUCUAAUAAUUUAUACAAGUGAUAAUAAAACGCGAAGAGCCUGAAUGCAGUUUUCAGAUUGAUGCUUUCAAGCCUCACUGACAUGAAACAUUGCUAGUAGAUGAAUAAAAUGUAUUGAAAAUUAAAAAA